AUGAUCAUUUUUAGUACGGUUUUGGCAAUUUGCUGUCUACUCGGGACAGCAAAGGCCGCACCAGGUCCUUGGGCGUCAGGAUCGUCGUCCAAACAGCCCUUGGAGGGUACUCCGGACUUUAGUAACAUCCACUAUCCGAAAUACGAUCUCAUCGAUCUGGGCGAAUAUUCCAAAGGACACGUUCCCGGUGACGAAAUCAAAGUGAUCAAAGAACAAAAAAUUAGCAUCCCUCAGCCUUAUCCUGUCAAAAUUCCCGUCCCUCAACCCUAUCCUGUACACAUCGAAAAGCCUUAUCCGGUACACCAUACCAAAAUAGUUAAAGUUCCAGUGCCAUAUCCACAAGUAAUCGAAAAAAAAGUGCCGUAUCCCGUUGAAGUACCGAAACCUUAUCCAGUUCCUGUAGAGAGUCACCACCACGAAUCGGCUGGAUUGGAACAUUUGGGCCAUCAUGCUUUGGAGAGUUACGAUGCACAAGAACCUCAUGGACAACUACCAUCUAAUGAAGGGUACGAGCAUGGGGUUGGUGGCGGACAUUUAAAUCAGUUAGAAGCCAAAUUAGAAGAACAUAGUGGUUUGGAAAAUCAUGGUUGGCAACCCAUUGGAGGUGAAGAGAGUCACGGAUAUUGA